CCUGGACUAUCUCCACGGAGAGGAUCGUCGCGUUUAUCGCUAAAAAUGUCACCGAGAAGAAUGUCACCUCGAACAAGGUCACCGAGAAGACUGUCACCUCGAACAAGGUCACCGAGACCGUCGCCACACUGAUCACCGUGGUCGUCACCGAGGAACUCGCCCCGCAUGUCUCCUAAGCGAAAAAGAUCACCGAGAUGGUCGCCUAAAGAAUUAUUUCGGAAGCAUACGCGAUCCAUCACUCCAGACGGAACAGUACGUUCGAAAAGUAGAAUAUCCCCGGAAGUGAAUCGUGCGAAGACGAAACAAAAAGAAGAGUUAGAUGAGACUGGUUCUGUGGAAAAAGAAACUGUCGACGUGAUCAGUGACCCCGUGCUCGAAGCCAGACGCAGGAAGUUCGAGUCCACGAGGCCCGUAGAUCCAAUAAACGCGAACAAAAAGAUCAAGUUGAGUAAAAAGGAA